AUGCGCACCUGUACUGACGUGUUGAUCUCUGCGCUCCUCAUCGUUGUAUUCUUACUGGGCUUGUUUCUUCUCAUUCCAUUUUCAAUCACACUUUUUCCUGCAAUAAUCAGAUCGCAAGUUUACCUCAGGCAAGAGAGAGAUGGACAGUUCCCAACAGCAACAUAUUAUUGGUCUCGAUUACCUGCUACACAGUACUUCAAAUUUUACUACUUCAAUGUAACGAAUCCUGACGAGGUAUUAUAUAAAGGAGAGCGGGCAAGACUGGUGGAACUUGGGCCGUAUGUUUGGAACUUACUCACUAAAACUGGCAGUGCUAUUUUCACCGUUAUUUGCAUUUUCGAAGAAACAAAUCAGUUCAGGGCAGUAACCCAAGGUGGAGUAUCGUUUGAGUCUUACUCUGAUCCGCUCAUCACUCUGAUCCAAAGCAACUUGACCAAGGUGAGACUAGGAAUCUCAUUUAUUCCACUCCGCAUUUACAACCACACCUGUGAUGAAGAUUACGUAAUAAAAACUGGAAAAGACAACACGGACAACUUAGCUCUAAUUCAAAAGUGGGCCAACAUGACGCAUCUCCCAUGGUGGGGGGACAACUAUUCUAGCGACAUUACGAACAGUGAUGGCACUUUACAAAAACCAGGCUUGAAGAAAGACGAUAAUCUGAAGCAAUUCCAGUCAUUUACCUGUCGUUAUACUCAAUACAAGAAUUUUUUCAUGUCGUUCUAUCUACAUUACGAUUCUGAUGCAACGAUCAACGGAAUUCAAACAAUGGCAUUCAAAAUGAACAACGAUUCCUACGACACCACAGCUGAUCUCAACAAAGGAUACAGAUAUGAAAAUAAUGAAAUGGUGGACUACUUCCCGUCGUGGCCAUGUGGCAACGAUCACCAAUACACACCGUACGCUAAGGGGUGCUCGAAGAUUGAUUGCACACUUUCUCAGUUCUGGUGCAACACUUGUUGCAACGGUCGGAAGAUACUGAUCCCAUUUGCUGGUUUUCUCUCUCCACCACAUUUUCUCUGGUCACCUCCUGAAGUUCGUGAAAAUACAAUAGGUUUGCAUCCAGAAGUCGAAAAACAUGAGCCGGCGAUAUUCGACAUAGAACCAUUAACAGGAUCGACGAUUAAAGGGAGGUUCCGAAUGCAGCUCUCCAUUCCAAUCUACACCAAUCCCUUUUACACUGUUCCGCCUCACAAAUAUUGUCCUUACUUUCUCUUACAAUCCUUUAUUUCUUUUUGUCUGGUCUUCCAUAAUUUUGGGUUUUUACAAAGCCGUCGCAUUAUCUCAAACAUCUCGAUUUGCCAUUUUGUGAAAGGUUUGCCUUAA